GGAGCUCGUCAUGGAGAGACCCCCCUGCAAGUCAACUUGUUAAACAAGGAGCACAAACAAAAUUUGAAUGUGAUGGGGCGAGACUAUGGCACGGCUACUGCUUUGCUGUGUCAGUUCUGGCGCUUGAUUGUCGUGUAUACUCGCAGAGUCAAAGAGGAAAGCAACAUUAGUAUUUACAGCGUACCUGCAAUCGUCUUGACCAAGUCCCAGCUGGACAUUAGCUCGAGCUACCCCCUUGUCCCGGAACUAUAACCAUGUAAUUACCGGCUGCUCCGUGCCUACCCCAGUGGUUGUUGUGACACAAGAACGACAGUUGUGACUCUACGGACCGCUCAGGAUGACAAACUACCGCUUUAUUCACCCCUGUGUGUGAAAAGAGCUCGUCCAGCGGGUUGUAGCAGACCGCCAUCUUCGCACUCCUGCGAGCUUGUGAGAAAAGUGGGGUACUUACCAAAUGACGUGCGCAUGCGCACAACACACACAGCCCAGGCGCGGGGGGGAUUCUGAGGGCUGUGAUUGGCUGCGCCGCGUUCUAAAAGGCGGAACCAAUGGCCCCAGCUGUCAUUCCUGGGGAAGUGUGAGAGCGAUCAACAUCGUACCGGAGACGAACUGUUUUCAUCAAACACUACAGCGCUUCUGUGUUAUUUACGCCUCCACGACAACUAUUUCGCUUCAGAAUUCUACCGUGCGACUUUUGGUUGAAUAAUAACGUGGUUUGCAGCAAGCGAACUACCCUAAUUUUAGAGUUUAUUCACGCUCGGUGCGCUGGGCAAGAUGGCUGCAGUGUUUAUAGCCAAGCGAAGUCUCCGCUUAAAGAGGCGUUCACGGGACGGGAGCCCCACCCUUCGUAGAGAGGAAGUGUACUAUGCGAGAUUAGUUUGGUGUAACUUUGCGCAUUUGCAACUUUUUACAAAUACUUUCUGUUUUACUCUCGUGCACGGGCUAAAAUAAAGAUCCAGUUGUGUAGUAUAUAAUUUAUUUUUAAAGGAGCUACAGCUGAAGCUGCCCCCACCAUAAUAUACUGAACAAUGUGUGAUUUUUGCCCACGACUAAAAUAGGCAAACAGGAUAUUUCUUUUAAUUAAAUGGGACAAUUGUGAAGUAUAUUUCGUAUUUUUAUGAAUUAUCACGAUUAUUAGUAUUAUCAAUCGUUGGGCGGUGUACGCCGACUGGCUAAAGAAACUAACCCAGCUGAUUCGGCCAGCUGCAGAGAGGCGCGUCACUGCCAAUCUUAUAAAGCGCACAGGUGCUCGCUGAUUGUGCACAUGUUGAUUAAUUAAUGCCCGUGUGCCCGUGCUUUAGCGUUCUGUAACUUAGCUGCUUCUCAAUCCGCAACCACGUUUUUGCUGCAAACAUGAGCGCCGGAGGAGGAACUCCUUACAUUGGCAGCAAAAUAAGUUUGAUAUCCAAGGCACAGAUUCGUUAUGAGGGAAUCCUCUCCUCUGUGGACACAGACAGGUCCACGGUUGCUUUAGCUAAAGUUAAGUCCUAUGGGACAGAGGACCGGUACACUGAUAGACCAGUGCCACCCAAAGAUGAAAUUUAUGAAUACAUAAUCUUCAGAGGGAGUGACAUCAAGGAUAUAACUGUGUCUGAACCACCAAAACCACACCAUGGACUGCCUCGUGACCCUGCAAUUGUUCAGUCAUCCCUUGGAAGCUCCUCAGCUGCCUAUCACCCACGCUGGAAUUCGUACAGGGACAUGAUGCCCAACUACAACCCACUGGCUGCUAGUUCUCUUCUCAACCAGCAGUACAAUGCAGCACUGGGCCUAGUACCGGGACUUCAUGGCCCAGCCAGAAGAGCCCCAAUGGUCGAGCAGGCAGUCCAGACCAUGCCUUUGGCCAGUGCUGCACAAAAAAGGGGAAAGCCUCCAAUCCAGCCACAGGGCAGACAGCUCGUACGUCCUACCCAGCGCUCUCGUCAGGAUGGUUCCCAGGUUCAGAAGGAGAACGUUCCCACCAGUCGAGCACCAUCUCAGCCAAGUGCAGCCAAGGUUCAAGGCCAAAGCGCUGAGAACCAGAAAAAAAGGCAAAAGCAAGGCAGGUCCAGGAACCGAAGUAGAGGCCAGCUUCUAGUGAAAAACUCGAAGGCUUCAACUUUGGAGUUUGAGUCGGAUUUUGAUUUUGAAACGGCGAAUGCUCAGUUUAAAGACGAUCUCACAAAGGAAGUUAUAGUUGAGAAGUCGGAUUCCGGAGAGGCCCAGGAGAACCAGGGUAUGGAGGAGGACGAAACUCUUGUCGAGAAGUACUACGACAAAGCCAAAUGCUUCUUUGACAACAUCUCAUCAGAUCUUAAACCCAGGAGAACCACCUGGGCAGAAGAGAAAAAAUUGAACAUAGAAACUUUUGGUGUGCCGGGUCGCUUCCUGAGAGGUAGAGGAUUCAGGGGACGUGGACGCAAAGGGCAGAGCGCCACUGAGCAGCGAGUCCUCCCUAAAAUUGGCAGUGGGAGGGUGUGAAUGCUUUUCUUUGGUUAACACUACUGUAAAUAUAAAAUAGUUUUCUACUCAUUUAAAAAAAAAAAAUACCUCCCUAUUUUCCUCCCAUUUGAAGCACUUCAAGUGAAGGUGUGUUUUUGUUUUUUUGUUUCCCCCUUUACCCCAAAUGUGCAUUUGGGGAAUAUUCUACUUUGGAUCCUUGUAUGAAAUGGGAGAGCAAUUUCUUUUUAAUCCAGCAGCUGUGUACUUAAAAAUGAAUGUAUUCAUUGGUAGUUUAGAAGCAUGCAUUGUGGAACUUUUCUUUUGAACAAACAAGCAGACAUG